CCAUUGUACGGUGCGCUGCUUCUCGGGGCCGGCGGCGUCGGUGUUGCAUCUCUGCCGAAUCCGCGUUGCAGUCAGUCCGAGCCGUCGUCGAUGGAGCGGACGUGGGGAUCGAGACCGUUGCACCCCGGAGAAGGAUAUGCAUGUCGAGCACGGUGUCUCUCAGGAUACGCCAUCAUGAUAGCUGCUGCCUUUCCAUUGAGGAAGCGAAGCUCGUUGCCUGACCUCUCACGUCUGUGCUGCCGCCGAGGAACCCUCUGUUCCGCUUCCGUGUAGCCCACUGGCCGGAAUUUCGUCAGCACUGUGCCCUGAUCCUCCCUUUUCAUUUCCACACACAUCAAUUCGCAGCCCACCGACCAUCAAAAAUGGCCCGUAAGCCUCAAUGCAUCAAGCGCAAGUCCAGCCCCAAGGGCUCGUCCAAGCCAGGAGCCUCUGGCGAUGAGCGUGCCAAAGCAUCUGAGGUCAAGCAGGACUCCCGCCUGCUGUCACUCGCACCAGAGAUCCGCAACCAGAUCUACGGCUACGUUCUUGGUGGCCACAAGGUCCACGUCUAUAUCGAUUGCGUCCAAGACGAAAAUACUCGUCGACAAGGCUUUUGCACCCACUCGUGUGGAUCAAAUCUCUCGGUGGUCCAGUCGGAGGAGCUACGAAACGUUGGCACGGAGGCUCCCUGCGCGGCCUGUGGCCGCGACCGCUUCACUUCAUUGGACCUCUCCCUCCUCCGCACCUGCCACCAGAUCUACGCCGAUACUGCACUACUCCCCUACAGUACCAAUGACUUCUUGAUCGAGACCCCGGCUUUCACACCCUUCAUGAAGGGCCUGGAAGAUACGCAAAAGGCCUCUAUCGAGCAUAUGACUGUGAUUGGCCGCGGUGACUUGGCCUGGGGAAUCAAUUCGUUCGAAUUGGAGGACAUCCACGGCCUUCAGCGUGUCGAGCGUCUCCGUCUCAUCCUCGUCGGUGGGACGCCGUACGAUGAGUUUCACGGUCUGGAGAAUAUGGCUGAACUGCCGAGUUUGGAGGAGGUUUUGUUCACUACCAAUGACAAAUACUGUUUCUUCCCGGUCUUUAGUGGCGAUCUAGACGACUCAGAAGCUGAUCGCUACACUGCGGACGAGUUUCGGGAGGAAAUUCUGUAGAGUCCUGGAGGAGAGCGCGGAGGAUAAAAGCGGCGGAGGAAGAAGGAUCAACGCUUUACUUCCAAGGAAGGCCUGGCACGCAGUGCGCUCGAUGCUGGAGGUGUGUAUCUGGGUGGAAUUGGCAUAAAAGCGGAGAAGGGGCGAUGAUUUGCGGUGUGAAGCUCAUCACCGCGUGAUACCAGCACUUUGCUGUGUUAGAUAAACACACAAAUGCUUCGCUUUGACGAGCUGCUUCCAGAACACUCCGCUGUAUUGCUGUUCAUGGCGUCAACAAAGCUGACAUUGUGACAGAUGAACAAUGGUGCUAUUCAGCGGA